GCACUCCACCACCUCUGGCCGCUGGGAAGACGUCAUCGCUUCCGCCCUACUUCCUCCUCCUGUUGGCGGCGGUGAGAAUCCAAUAUGGAGUAAAUCGGUGGAGUCGAGAGAUGGGGCUCGGACGGGGCGCCCUGCACCGCCUCUCAGGCGCACCUCCCCCGGCCGCCGACCGCUCCCCGGAACCGUGAUUGGCCCGGCCCCCCGGGGGCGACCCCGUACCCAGCCCCCACCCGCCGCUGGACCUUUCCUGCUGCGAGCAGUCCCCGAGGCGCGCUUGUUUUUCUUCUGCUCUUCCCCACCGCGGUCCCCUGCCCAAAUCUCGCCCUCCGCCCGCUCAGAGUCCCCGACCUCCGCCCGCCUAGCCCCGCGGCGCUGCGGCGCUCACUCCCCCGGCCGCUGGCUGGUGCGCCCCUUCCCCAAACCUCACCCCGCGCUCGGGUCGCCCUGCUUCCCCUUCUGCCUCCAGCGCCCCCCUCAUCUCUAGCCGCCCCCCCUCCCCAAAUCAGGCGAUCUCCGGAGAUGUGAAGAAGGGGGGGUGAGCGGACAGGAAGAUGAAGGGAGCAAAGCUGCCCGCCGCGGGACAGGCGUCUAGGUGAACAAGAAAAUGACCGAAGAAACACACCCGGACGAUGACAGCUAUAUUGUGCGUGUCAAGGCUGUGGUUAUGACCAGAGAUGACUCCAGCGGGGGAUGGUUCCCACAGGAAGGAGGCGGGAUCAGUCGCGUCGGGGUCUGUAAGGUCAUGCACCCUGAAGGCAAUGGACGAAGCGGCUUUCUCAUCCAUGGUGAACGACAGAAAGACAAACUGGUGGUGCUGGAAUGCUAUGUAAGAAAGGACUUGGUCUACACCAAAGCCAAUCCAACGUUUCAUCAUUGGAAGGUCGAUAAUAGGAAGUUUGGACUUACCUUCCAAAGCCCUGCUGACGCUCGAGCCUUUGACAGGGGAGUGAGGAAAGCAAUUGAAGACCUCAUAGAAGGCUCGACAACAUCAUCUUCCACUAUUCAUAAUGAGGCCGAGCUUGGUGAUGAUGACGUUUUCACAACAGCUACAGACAGUUCUUCUAAUUCUUCUCAGAAGAGGGAACAGCCUACUCGGACAAUCUCCUCUCCCACAUCCUGUGAGCACCGGAGGAUUUAUACUCUCGACCCAUACCCCACGGACCAUUACCACCUCGACCAGCGGAUGCCAAGGCCCUACCCGCAGGUGAGCUUCCCAGACGACGACGAGGAGAUUGUGCGCAUCAACCCACGGGAGAAGAUCUGGAUGACCGGGUACGAGGACUACCGGCACGCGCCAGUCAGGGGCAAAUACCUGGACACCCUGGAGGACGCGGACUCCUAUGUGCGCUUCGCCGCCAAGGGCGAGGUCCCCAAGCACGACUACAACUACCCCUACGUGGACUCGUCAGACUUUGGCCUCGGGGAGGACCCCAAAGGCCGCGGGGGCAGCGUGAUCAAGACGCAGCCCUUGCGGGGCAAGUCCCGGCGGCGAAAGGAGGACGGCGAGCGCUCCCGGUGCGUGUACUGCAGGGACAUGUUCAACCACGAGGAGAACCGGAGGGGCCACUGUCAGGACGCGCCCGACUCCGUGAGAACUUGCAUCCGCCGGGUGAGCUGUAUGUGGUGUGCGGACAGCAUGCUCUAUCACUGUAUGUCGGACCCCGAGGGAGACUAUACAGACCCCUGCUCGUGCGAUACUAGCGACGAGAAGUUUUGCCUCCGGUGGAUGGCUCUUAUUGCCUUGUCUUUCUUGGCCCCCUGUAUGUGCUGUUACCUGCCCCUUCGGGCCUGCUACCACUGCGGAGUGAUGUGCAGGUGCUGCGGCGGGAAGCACAAAGCAGCCGCGUGACUCCGGUCCCCUCUCCUUCCCCUCCUCCAUCCACAACCACAUGGGAACUUCUGUAUCUUCCACACUCACCCUCUCCCCUGCUCCCUUCCACUCCAAGGGGCAAGGAGAGCAAGAGGCCUCCCGGCCCCCUGGUCCCUUGAGGCACCAUUCCAGCCUGGGGCACCUGCGUGGUGGACUCUCCACUCCCCAGCACCCACUGCGACAGCCACACACCCAUUCACACGCUCGCCCAGUGUUCUAAGGGAAAGAAACCUCCUGCAUAGACUCUCGUGUUAUUACCAACCUGUAAUCAUGCUAACGUCUUAUCCAUGUUGAUUCCUGUCUCUCCUCCCGGCCUCUUCCAGUUUGAAUGAGUCUGCGGUGGAAACGGCUGGUUUGGGGUGGGUUUUGUAGUUCUUUUUACCAAGGGCACCAAAGCCUGUCUCUCAGUCUGGCUAGCCUGGUUGCUAGCAAGCGUCAGGUUCCUGUGGAAACGUGCUGUCAGUGCUGAAACCCGACCAGAAGUGUUCUCACCUGCAGUCAGCUGUCAUGUAUAGGAGGUGAGCUAGUUAACAAUCUUGUACCACAAAACAAUAUCGCUUUAACUUUUCUAAAGCCAAAUUUCCCAUGUAAGCUGCAGUUUCUCUCCUUAGCCCAUCGUCAUAUCUGCCCUCCCCCCACCAAAUCUGUUGAAUUUAUUCACUGAUGCAAAACAUUUACCUAUAAAAUGACUGAGAAUUGAGCCUUAAUUUCAGAUUAACUUGUGAGAAUCAGGAAAAAUUCCUUAAACUGCAUCACAGCCUCUUGGAUCAGGGCUAGAAAGGGGAUUUCAGGUCUCUAUGAACCUCCCCAGUUCACCCCUUAAGAUAGAACUUUUUAAAAUUGUGUUGCCACCACUUCUGAAAACUUAGCAAUAUUAGAAUAAGAUGUUAGUGAAGUAAGAGAUUUUGCUCAUUAUUUUGCAAACCUAAUAGUCUAUUCAAAACAAACCAGUGUUCUUCGAGGAACACUAAGGUUGUGAAUAAAACCAUAGGAGCUCCCCCCAGCCCCAGCAACUUUUUUCUAUCAAAGGGGGGCGAUUUUAAAUGUCAUAAUCGAAGAGUGGUGGGUUGCAUUUUUGUUUGUGGGUUUAUGUUUUUGUUUUCAUUUUGGACUCAAUUUCACAUCACCAAAUUCUUCAUUUAUACUUGGGAAAAAACAAGGCCAUAUGUAAAAACCCUUCUGAUGCCUAAGUGUCUUCUCCUGCAACUCCACACCCAGACUUGCCACUUUGGGUGCAUAGAUGGUUAGGUCAGCCGACUUGAGUCUGCCUGUCACCUUGCCGUGCAGGAGGCUUCUAAUUAGCUGGAAAAGAGUAUUUUUCUAAUAUAUUGCAAAGAAUAGCCAAAUCUUCUUAUUGAAGAAAGAAGAAAAGUGAACAGUGGUUACCUGUACCUAGCAUAGUACAAUCAGAACCUCGUGGAGAACACAGGGACCAGGCUUGUCGAUGCUGGCUGUUCUUCCCGCCACGAUCUUCCCAUGGUAAUUGCCAGCAGAGGGCACAGCCUGGUCCCACUCUCCUCCCUCUUCCCCUCCCUUCUUUAUUGCACACAGGACAACAGUCUUCAAGGAAAGGGACUUUCUUCCAGUCUGCCAUUCGUACUGGGAAAGUGCUAGCCAUGCUUACCUUCAUGGGAGUGCUAUCAGCUCGCCUGAGAGCCCGCCAUGCUUCUUUUAGACAGAUCAUCAGUGUAAAUACCCAGUGUGCUUAUGAGUUAGUUGGUAGACGUUUUCAUUUGUUGGAAUGACUAGUUGGGGCUUUCCAGUGUGGAAAAGGAGCAGAGAGCUGUCCGUCUGUAUCAAUGGAAGGAAAGAGAACCCCUUCCCUGCCAGGAGAGCAUCUAGCCAGCCUCCAAUGCUGUGGAGAGACCAUCUGCCCCAGCCUGAGGUGUCGCCUCGAGGCCUUUCUCUAAGGUCGCCUCUCUGCAAAGCACAACACUAAUCUACUUUCGUCAGACCUCAGUUCAAGUGCCCCUAUUUAUUUCAGUGAAAACACACACACAUCCCGGAUGCUUUGUUUGUCACCUCUAUUUAGUUCAUUACUUGUUCUCUCUUCCCUUACCCCUUGCUGGUUUUCCCCACUUUUCAAGAGUUAUGCUAGUGAAUCUUGCACGCAUAUCCUUUUUGGUUUGCAAAGGCAGCGGUUAAGGGCACAAAGACAGCCAUGGGGACAUUUAUGUAAAUACGUCUCUCCAAUUGCCACACUGCAGCUGAACAGUGUGCAGUAUUUUCCCAGUCAGCUUUGCCAUACUGACGUCAAUCAUUUGAGAGAAAAUAUUCAGAUUUUUAUUUUUGUAUCUGUGGUAACAAAAACAUUAACCAAAAGAUUUUCUGUUCAGAAGCUUCCCCGGCCCUCCCCCAAGCUAUUUGCUCACAUUAACAAAUUAAAGUGCCUGAAGCAUAAUUCAUUCUUUACCUGUAUACUAAAAAUCCUGUUGUAUUGAUUUUUUUUAUAAUAAGCCUUUUUACCUCUGUGUAAAAAAUAUAUAUACAAGUGUAUGAUGUACAUUUUAGUUCUUAACUUUUUUUUAUGGUUUCUAAUAUGUAUGACCAAUGUAGCCAUUGCUUUAAAAUGUACCAUGUAAAUAUAAACACAUUCUACCAGA